AUGUCUGGUGAAACGAAAUCUGUUGGAAAAGUUAGUUUUAAAAUUACUCUAACUAGUGAUCCUAAACUUCCUUUUAAAGUUUUAUCUGUACCAGAAAAUACACCAUUUACUGCUGUUUUAAGGUUUGCAUCUGAAGAAUUUAAAGUUCCUGCAGAAACAAGUGCUAUUAUUACAAAUGAUGGUGUUGGCAUAAAUCCUGCCCAAUCAGCUGGAAAUGUUUUCAUGAAAUAUGGAUCUGAACUUAGACUUAUACCAAGAGACAGAGUUGGGUCAAUAAAAUGUUUAUUAUAA